AUGGCGCCACCGGCAGUGCUGAUGGUAGGCACCGGAGAGUACACUACGGGCUUCGUUGCGGGCGCUGCGUCGACAUCAGACAAGAAGGUGGGCGUGGUAGGAUUGACGAUGUUCGACCUCCGGCGGCGCGGCAAAGUCUCUGACCUCUCCAUGGCCGGAGUGUCCGGGCAAAAAUUCCCGGCCAUCAGAGAACACCUUCGGCAGAACAUCUCGCAGGCAUACAACGGGCUGGACGUGUCGUUCCAAUCGUUCCCCGCCGACGACCGGGCGGAUGCGGACGCGUACAAGACGGCCAUCGAUGCGCUACCUCCCGGCUCCGCCGUGACCAUCUUCACCCCCGACUCGACGCACUACGAGAUUGCGCGGUACGCGAUCGAACACGGCCAGCAUGUGCUUCUGACCAAACCGGCGACGAAGCUGCUAUCGGAGCACCUCGCGCUGCUCGCUCUGGCCCAGAAGCACCGGGUAUUUGUGUACGUGGAGCACCACAAACGCUACGAUCCGGCGUACGCGGACGCGCGGUUCCGCGCCCGUGGCCUCGGCGACUUCAACUACUUCUACAGCUACAUGUCGCAGCCCAAGUCGCAGCUCGAGACGUUCAAGGCUUGGGCCGGCAAGGACUCGGACAUCUCCUACUACCUGAACUCGCACCACGUCGAUGUCUGCGAAUGGAUUGUGCGUGACGCCGGCUGGCGUCCCGUCACAGUUCGUGCCAGCGCCAGCCUGGGCAUUUCCGAAUCCGUCGGCUGUGCCAAAGGCACCGAGGACACCAUCACACUGCUGGUUGACUGGGUGCUGCCGGAGACCGGUAAGGGGGACGGGGACAAUGACGGUGAUGGAGCCAGCCGCAAACGCGCCACCGCCAUCUACACGGCCAGCUGGACCGCCCCGAUGAACGCCGGCGUCCACUCGCAGCAACGGUUCCACUACGUCGCGUCCAAGGGCGAGGUCACCGUCGACCAGGCCAAGCGCGGCUACGACGUGGUCGACGAGUCUGACCGCUCGGGCAGUUGCUUGAAAUGGUAUAACCCGUUCUACAUGCGCUACGCGCCCGACGAGGAAGGCAACUUCAACGGUCAGAGCGGGUACGGGUAUGUGAGUUUCGAAAAGUUCAUUGACGCCGUCACCGCCGUGAACGAGGGCCGAGUCAGUCUGGACGAUCUCGACAAGCGCAGCCUGCCUACAUUGAGGAACACUGUCCUCACCACCGCCAUCUUGGAGGCUGGAAGGAGGAGUCUGGACGACGGUGGUCGAAGCGUCCAGGUUGUAGGAGAAGGGGACAAGGUCGAGUUGAAAUAG